UCACUCUCAUAUAAACUUUCACUGCUCUGACAAACAAUUUUUCCUAACAUGCAAAAAUCUCCAAAGUGAUAAUAGAUUCAAACAAUAGAUUUCCACCACGAUUAGGGGCGACUUCGCUGUGGUGAGUUCGCCUCCGCGUGGUGAGCUUCUGCGGCUCCAAUGCGUAGGAUGGAGGUAGGAAGACAAUAGGCGCGAAUAGAAGAGCCGCGAAAAGCAAUACUCGGAAAAGCCACCAGAAACCUGAAGUAGUGUAUCGGCUGCGGAUUCGAUAGAGAAAACCCUUAUUUCCAUUGACAACUAGCGGCGCCAGCCAUCCCAACUGCCGCCAUGGCCAGCAAACGGCUGAUGCUUAAUGAGGAGGAAGAAGAGGAUUUGUGCGGUUCCGAGAAUGACGAGCAGAUCCAGGAAAAUCGGUCGGCUAAACGCCACAAGAGCGGAGCGGGGGAGACUCCGAUGCAACGCCUGCUGAAGCGUCACAUCCUCGCCGGAGGAUCUGCGGGCACCACAAUCCUUUCGCCCAUUACAGAGCUAUCGCAGAACAUGCGUUGUACCACCUUGGAUUCAGGGGGCGGAGGAACACCCAAGUCCACCCAGCGAAGCUCCAAGACCCUCAAUCACUUCAACAGCGUAUCAUCCCGUGCCCUGAGCAGCUUCGACAGCGUGUCCUCCAGCUACGAUUCGGGAAACUCACUGGACGACGAGUACUUGGCCAUGUUCGAGCUGGAAGCCGAAGACGAUCCCAAGCUGGGCCUGCCCGGGGACCUGGAGCUACUCAUUAGUGGACAACUAAAGACCCAUCAAUUACCCGACGCUGCGGAGCCUACAACGCGGUCAGUACGUCGCUGUCUAAGCAUGUGCCCAAGUGACCAGCACGACGGAAAGGAGGAGUAUCCAAGCACAGAGACUUUUAACCAUAUAGGCCACAAAUCCCCAGUUCGGAAGCUUCAGAGAAAAACGCUCUCCAUGAACGAUGCGGAAAUUAUGAAUGCUCUGGGCGACGAACCAGAGUUGAUUGGAGAUCUCAGCCGGCCGUGUGCGCUACCUUGCUUGCUCUCCGGCACCCGACACCGUGAUCUGAAGACCAUAUCAAGUGACACUCUGGCCCGUUUGAUGCAGGGUGAUUUUGCCGAGCAGCUGGGCAGCAAGGGAGGGUACCAAAUCAUCGACUGCCGAUAUCCAUACGAAUACCUGGGCGGGCACAUACGCGGAGCCAUGAACCUUUACACCCGAGGACAGAUCCAGGAAGCCUUUCCCAGCUUUGCAGAGCAGCUGCAGCGAACCGAAGAGCGUCGCAUCUACGUAUUCCACUGCGAGUUUUCCUCGGAGCGUGGUCCAAAGUUAUUGCGCUUCCUUCGGAGCAACGACCGCAGUCUGCACGCCCACAACUACCCGACUCUGGACUACCCGGAGUUAUAUCUGCUCCACAACGGUUACAAGGAGUUUUUCGGGCUGCACGCCGAGCUCUGCGAGCCGGAGGGCUAUGUGCCCAUGCUGGCUCCUGACCACAAUGAGGAGUUCCGCUACUUCCGGGCCAAGACCAAGUCCUGGCAAUGUGGAGAAGGCGAGGGCGGUGACAGUGGAAUCGGUGGGGGCGGUGGAGGUGGCUCGCGCUCCCUCAAAAAAUCCCGCUCUCGUCUGGUCUACGCCGAGUGAUAUGUCGAGGAAAAAGCAUCCUCCAACUACCCAAAAACUUUUCUAGGACGCAAAUUUUUAGUUUCGUUCCGUUGCGUUGUCCAAAGUGUCCUUUAGAUUUACUCUACGUUGUAUUCCGUACUUCAGUUUUUUGUUCAGCGUUGUGAGUGUUCAUCGACCGGAAGGGAAAAGGAGAGCCUAAGCAUCGGGAACAGAAACGGAAAGUGAAAGUUGUUCUCUAGUCAGUGAAAGUUAAAAUUUCGAAAUUUCAUAUAGUUUCAUUUUUGUGUUUGGCAUUUUCUGGUUAAGUUAACAGAGUUAUUCAUAUUCAAUUAUAAUUAAAAAUAAAGAAUUAUACAAAUAUGUAAUCAUAAGUCCAACAAAUGAAACCUUUCAAAGAACCUUAUGUUGAUGGAAAAGCCCUUAAGCCCUUUAAGUUUUAUUGUCUCACCAAGUAGAAAGGUGGGGCCUGUUUAAGGACUAAGUCUAGUUUAAGGAAAACAAUAUAGGUUUAAGAAAAGACUUGAAAAUUUGUGAUUAAUCCCCUACCAAUUAUAGGAUAUUCUAUACACAUUAUAUACUUUUAAUUUCACACUCCUCUGCAAAUCGAAUAGUGUAAUGUAUUUUAAUGAAUCAAUAAAACUGUAAGCAAUAUGUGAAUGGGA